AGGAUGACUUUGAACUUGUGAUCCUCCUGCCUCCACCUCCCACAGACUGUGAUUGCCAGGGAGGCAUCGCCACGCCCAUUUUCCCUCCAUCUCUGUUCAGCCACUGGCCAGAUGGAGUCCAGCACUUUAACCAGGCGGUUCACCAAAGACGACUUUCAAAUAGGGCGGCCUCUGGGCAAGGGGAAAUUUGGGAAUGUGUACCUGGCUCGGCUCAAGGAAAACCAUUUCCUUGUGGCCUUGAAGGUCCUCUUCAAGUCCCAGAUAGAGAAGGAGGGAUUGGAGCACCAGCUUCGCAGAGAAGUGGAGAUCCAGGCUCACCUACAACACCCGAAUAUCCUCCGCCUGUACAACUACUUCUGCGAUGCUUCCCGGGUGUUCUUAAUUCUGGAAUACGCUCCACGGGGUGAGCUCUACAAGGAGCUCCAGAGAAACCACAGGUUAGACGAGCAGCGCACAGCCACGAUCAUGGAGGAAUUGGCUGAUGCCCUGACCUACUGUCAUGAGAAUAAAGUGAUUCACAGGGACAUCAAACCAGAGAACCUCCUGCUGGGCCUCAAGGGCGAGGUGAAGAUAGCAGACUUCGGGUGGUCUGUGCACACCCCCUCUCUCAGGAGAAAGACAAUGUGCGGCACUCUGGACUACUUGCCCCCGGAAAUGAUUGAGGGGAGGACAUAUGACGAGAAAGUGGACCUGUGGUGCAUCGGGGUGCUCUGCUAUGAGCUGCUGGUGGGAAAUCCGCCCUUUGAGAGCAGCACUCACAGUGAGACGUACAAGCGCAUCGUUAAGGUGGAUUUGCGGUUUCCACCAUCAGUGCCUUCGGGGGCCCAGGACUUGAUCUCCAAGCUUCUUAAGUACCGCCCCUCAGACCGGCUGACCCUGGCCCAGGUCCUGAAGCACCCCUGGGUCCGGGAGCACUCUCGGAGGGUGAUGCCUCCCUGCGCUCAGAUGGCUUCCUGAGCCCAGUCUGCCUCUGUUCUUAA